GGAGGGGGGAGAUGAGGUUCCCUGAAAGGGACAGAGUGGGUACUGUGCACAGGCAGGUACCCGCAAGGAUGCUAGCAGCUGAGGGCUGCUGGCACACUGGCAGCCUUCAGGGCUGUGCCUUGUCAGCUGGCUCCCAGCUCACCUUGCUGGGACUCACUUCCCUGAGCCUGAGUGGAUGUCAGGUAAUCUAAUAGCUACGUGCUUGCUCCCUUUGGGUGCCCGGAACUGACCUUCAGAAAGGAAGGGCUUCUCACCAGGACAUUCACUCCUAGCUGUAACGUGACUGGUGCUGUUGUGCAAGCUCAGGCUGCUUUCUGUGAGGGUAAAGGGAGACUGGGGCAAGAAAGAGUUCGGGUGUUUUGCCUGGGAAGGACUCAGUGUUUACUGAAGCCUCACUUCUGCAAUAUCACUUUGUGAAGAAACAGCUUUCGAUUUUUAGGUUACUAAUGUGGACAAAUGCAUGACAACAUCAUUAUUAGUUUGUGCAUGUAUAGGACUAUUUUUGUAAAAAAAAAAAAAAAAAAAGUUAUAACAGAGGUUAAAAGUGAAGCGUACUUUAAACAUUAUGACAAACAGUGAACUUUGGUAGUGUUUUGGUAAGAUCUGAGGUUUUAAAAGGGUUCUAACUUUUAGAGUACAUCCUGUAGAGUUACUAAAACUGACCGAGCUUGUGGUUGGUUAUCAGUCUCCUGACCUUUCAGCUUUGAGAAAGAGCACAUUGUGAUGGCAGCUCAAGCCAUCUGUAUGAAAGUUUGAAGCCUUACCCUUUAGAAACCUUGUAUAGUAUUUUGCUUUUGUGUUUUUUUUGCUUCCUUUUUGUAGCAUAACUUCCCAUGUGCUGUCUUUGAAAUCCUGUGGAGAUAAGAUCAGCAUUUCUUAUCCCCUUUUUUAUUUUUAUAGUAUGCAAUGGAGCCUUGGAGCACCUCUGUAUUUGUUGGUAAUUCGGUGUUUCUGGUAACAGCAGUUCAAAUAACAGGGACAUAACCUCCUGAUUUGUGUUUUAAAAAAAAAAAAACACAUAUAUUUGCCAUCUGGAUUUUGAGAAGUGGAAGCUAUGCUGUCAGUGCUUGUAAGCCUUCCUGUGCAUCUCCCAAGGGCUGCUUCAAGCAGUGAUACCAGUGAAUGCUUCUUGCCACAAUGCAUGUCAAGGUGCAGCUGCUGUUCACAGUCUUAAAUGUACCUAUGAAAAAAGCUAGGAAGGAGGGCUGUGUUGACAUUCUUGUGGAAAGACAGGUGAUAGGAGUACUACAUCCAAAGAGUUAGCUUUGGAGAAAUGUCUGCCUCUACAGUUUUUCACCAGUAGAGCCGUGCUGUGUUUGUAGAGAAGCUUAUGCUUGUUUAAGUAAAUGACAAUAAACUAAAUGUGAUGCAGCUAUAUAUCCAUGCUGUUGGGAUGCAGAGAUUAGUCUAAGUGUCUGCCAACAUAGUUCUGUUGGCAUGGUGCCUGGUAGCCUCAUAACACAAGCACAGUUGUCUGGAGCUGACAGAUGACAGUGUCAUGACAAACAGUAGUACCUCCUCAGUUUGGGGAAGAAAUCUCCAACUGCAACUGUUUUGAUACAGAAUUGUGUAAGCAGAGGGAGGACAGAUAAAAGGGUAAGGUAUGACAAAAGCCAAUGCCAGGAGAGCAGAAGGAAAAAUAGGCGAAGAAGAAAUGAACACACUGAAGGGAAGUUCUGAAGUUGUCAGCUGUUUGAUAUAAUCUACUUGAAUUUGCAAAGAAACUCAGGAACUCUGUCAAAAGUCUUGGAGUAAACCAGGCCAUUGUUGGUAAAGGUACUUGCAGUACUUGUAUACAAACUAGGAAACAGACAGCAAUGCAACUGCCACUUGUAGAUAAAGGUGAGAUUUCUGUAGGCCUCUGUGCUGUGGUGAAUGCUUUCAGUGUAGUCAUUAGCAUGGUCUUUCAGUGUGGUCUUGGGAAGAAGAAUAGCGAAAGGAUGAAGGCUGUUGAUGCUAGGUGGUAGUUUAAAAUUGUAAAGACAAAGACCUGCAAGGAAAUUCAAGAGCAGGGAUGCUGCUGGUGAAAUUUCACUUGCCACUCUUGCAUAGUAUAGGAAAAUCAUUGAAUCACCAGGGUUGGAAAAGACCUCCAAGAUCAUUCAACCCAACUGUCCAUUUAUCACCAUUAUUUCCCACUAAACCAUAUCCCUUAGUAUAACAUCCAAAUGCUUCUUGAACACCUCCAGGGAUGGCAGUGCAUUCCAGCACCUCACCACUCUUCUUGAGAAGAAAUUCUUUUUAACAUCCAACCAGAAUCUCCCCUGCUGCAACUUGAGGCCAUUCCCUCUCAUCCUAUUGCUAGUCAAGCAGGAAAAGAGACUGAUUCCCCAUCUCACUGCAGCCUCCUUUCAGGUAUUUGUAGAGAGCGAUAAGGUCUCCCCUGAGCCUCCUCUUCUCCAGACUAAACAAUCCCAGUUCCCUCAGCCACUCCCCCAUAAGACUUGUGCUCCAGACCCCUCCCCAGCUUCACUGCCCUUCUCUGGACGUGCUCCAGAGAAUUUCAUGUAAGAACUCUGAGCUGAUUGUUGCAACAGAAAACCAGGAUUUUAGUGUUUUAUGUGAAUGAUAACAUCAGCUCAGCUGCAUGGUUUCAGGGGAGGAUGAGGACUAGUUUAUGAAAUAGAAUAAUUAUGGGGUUGUUGAAUAUGUGUACUUCUGAAGCCUACGUGUUUGUUUUCUGAACAUAGCUGAAAGCUGGAAGAGUUUAUGAGGGAAUUUUUGCCAUGUCAUUGUUCUUAAAUAGCUAUCUGCUAGUAGACACUGUUGGGGAUGAUAUUAAAAGGUUUUCUUAGCUGGGUGUGUUCAUAGCUAAUCUCAUGAUGUCUCUAAAAAAAAAAAAAGCUUAAUUGAACUAUAGAAGUCAGUCAGUUUCAGCAGGUCUAUAGUGCUUCUACUGCUGUUUCACCUAGCCUGCUGGCCUGGGGAGGUGAUAUGGGCUGUGUGGUAUAUGGUACACCUUUGAAAGGUAGAAAGUGAGGCGAUAUUUUAAUGGAGAUGGAAAAUGUAUCUAUAAGGAGCAGCAAUAGUUAAUGUGAUUGUCUGUCACCUUUGCAUGAAGAUGCACAAAAAUCAGGUUCACUGGGCACUUCAUGCUCUUUUACAAAGUGAGGCUACUGGUCAUCUUGAAAAGGUCCUGAAUGAAGAACAAGUAAACAGUGCAUAAGGAAAAAGUUGUAUAUUGGUCAUAGCUAAAAUGUUUAGCAAGACAGAAACAGGGCUAACUGGCAUUAUUCAAGAAAUGUGGAUACAUCUAAAUUGUAAUUGUUGUAUGUUCCCAGUUUCUGUAGGUCUUUGGUCUGUGCUAUCAUUCUUCUGAGAAGGAUAUGGGAAGGUGACUGUUUGGAACUUUUAUAGGCAGCUUGUAUCUGUGUGGAAACCUGAAGUCACAGCCUGGGCAAACUUUGUCUGAAACACAUGAAAAUUAAAAGUGAAUCAGAAAUGUUACUGGAACUCCUUGGUUUAUUACUGAAUUGUUGGGUGCUUGGCUUACGAAAGCAUUGCUAUUCUGUUUGGUAGCAAAUACUGUAGUUUUCUGAAGUGGACUGAGAGACGGUUGGUUCUCUAGUUUUUCCACAAACUAGAGAAUUGAAUUGCUGUGAUUAUGUGCAACCUCCUAAAUGCUUCAUUGUCAGGAAGACAUCAGAUGCUUCCUUUUUGUGUAACUGUUGAGAAGUAGAAAAGUAUAUUUGGAUUUUAUUUGGAAUGUAGGUGUUUAAGUUUGAGAGAAUUGAGAUUCCAAUAUCUCUUCAUGUUGAGUCUUAAUAUCCUGAUAGUAAGGAGAUUAUGCUCAUAUGACUUUUUUUUUGCAAGUUCAAACAAAGCAAAGUCAACAUACUUUGGUUAAAAUUCUCAUUGGAAUACAUGAUAAGGAGCUGAAUUUCUAGAAAUAAAUUUGUUUAACUGAGUGUCAGCUAACAUGAGGACCCUAAAGUGAUGGUUUCUAUGCUUCUUGAACCAGUGAAUUGUUCUUGGUACUUGGUGCCUCCUAAACCACUGGGCCUAAGACAGUAGUAAUGGUAUGGUAUUUUCUGGUGUAUAAUAUUGUUUCUGACUUUAAGCUAUGAGAAACAUCUGUUUUUGUAGGCUACAUUGAAGUAUUAUUUUGUUGGUGGAAAAUGUUAUCCAUUCCGUUAUGCAUUUGAGAACAUAGACGUUUCAUUGUAUGCAAGCUUUACAGUGGUCUCAACAUAGACUGUUUGUAGUUACUGGGUCUUGAGCAUGCUUAUGGUGAUACUGUGGUGUUAAGAAAACUCUGAUAAUUCAGUUUGUGAAAUUUUGCUAUGUUAAAUAGCUUGGUACAGUGGCAUCAAAUUGAUUUUUCAAAUGCUGUGAUUCUCUGGGUAUUUUGAGGAACUACUUGGAUUGGUUUUGUAAAGUUCAGAUUAAAAAUGAGUUCACAAAAAGAUACUUAGUGUUAAAAGAUAGCAUUAAGAAUUGUGUCUGCAAUUAGGUGCUGAAAGUGAGUGGAGUUGCCAAAGGGUUUCUAGCAUCCUUGUUGCUUCACUUCUUUCCUCAGGAUCUAUUUCAUAAUUCUGUUACUUUCAAUUAGACAAGACUAGCUUUCAAUCUGUGGUAUUAAUACAGAUACAAAAUGCAAUGUGUCGUUUUGCUGGUAUUUAAAUUUGUCAGUAGAUCCAUUGGUUCUAAACCACAGUAACAUUUUUCAGAACUUCUGUAUACACUGGAGUGAGCUCCAAACAUUUGCAUGUGAGGGUUUGAAAUCUGAGAAUGGCAGACAUUGACAACAAAGAACAGUCUGAACUUGAUCAACAAGAUAUGGAAGAUGUGGAAGAUGUAGAAGAAGAAGAAACUGGUGAAGAUGCCAACAGCAAAGCUCGGCAGUUGACUGUACAGAUGAUGCAAAAUCCUCAGAUUCUUGCAGCUCUUCAGGAAAGACUUGAUGGUCUGGUAGGAACAUCUACAGGAUAUAUAGAGAGCUUGCCUAAAGUUGUUAAAAGACGUGUGAAUGCCCUCAAGAAUCUUCAAGUUCAGUGUGCACAGAUAGAAGCAAAGUUCUAUGAGGAAGUUCAUGAGCUGGAAAGAAAAUAUGCUGCUCUCUAUCAGCCCUUAUUUGACAAGCGAAGCGAGAUCAUCAAUGCAAUCUAUGAACCUACAGAGGAAGAAUGUGAAUGGAAAGCAGAUGCCGAAGAAGAAAUUUCAGAGGAAAUGAAAGAGAAAGCCAAACUUGAAGAAGAAAAGAAAGAUGAAGAAAAAGAAGACCCUAAAGGAAUUCCUGAAUUUUGGCUGACAGUAUUCAAGAAUGUGGACUUGCUCAGUGAUAUGGUUCAGGAACAUGAUGAACCUAUCCUGAAACACUUAAAAGAUAUAAAAGUGAAAUUCUCAGAAGUUGGACAGCCUAUGAGUUUCACAUUAGAAUUUCACUUUGAACCAAAUGACUACUUCACAAAUGAAGUGUUGACAAAGACGUAUAGAAUGAGAUCAGAGCCAGAUGAUUCUGAUCCCUUUUCCUUUGAUGGACCAGAAAUCAUGGGCUGUACGGGCUGCCAAAUAGACUGGAAAAAAGGCAAGAAUGUUACUUUGAAAACAAUUAAAAAGAAGCAGAAACACAAGGGUCGUGGGACAGUUAGAACAGUGACAAAAACUGUUUCCAAUGAUUCCUUCUUCAACUUCUUUAGUCCCCCUGAAGUUCCUGAAAGUGGAGACCUGGAUGAUGAUGCUGAGGCAAUCCUUGCUGCGGACUUUGAAAUAGGUCAUUUCUUACGUGAGCGUAUAGUCCCCCGAUCAGUAUUGUACUUCACAGGAGAAGCUAUUGAAGAUGAUGAUGAUGAUUAUGAUGAAGAAGGUGAAGAGGCAGAUGAUGAGGAGGGGGAAGAAGAAGCAGAUGAAGAAAAUGAUCCUGAUUUUGACCCAAAAAAGGAUCAAAACCCAGCAGAAUGCAAGCAGCAGUGAAGCAGUGUGUAUGUGGCCUUGAGGAUUACCUGCACUGUAAUAGCCUAAACACAACUAUUAGUUACUUACAGCCUUAUGUUUUGUAUCUUGGUAGAAUUAAGUAACCAAUUUGUUAAAAAAUGGAAUCAAACACAUAAGAACCAGUUUAAAAUGUAGGUUCAAUCUACCUAACAUUUUAACAGUAUAAUUUUCUGCCAAUAUGUAGAUUGCAGUAAAUCCCCUAAAGCAUGAAUGUUAAUUCAUUGCUACAUAGUUUGGUUCUUGUGAAGUCUUUGUCAUGUAGCUAUUAGACUGCAGCUGUGAAGAUUAUCAGAACUGUUAACCGAGACCAAUAUUUGUUUAGAGAAAGCUCUCUCCUGAAGAACCAACCAAAGUAUUUUUCAGCCCAGUAGUCUGAACGGGUUUAAGUCUGCUUGCACUAGCUGUGCCUUCAUUACUUUGUUAUAGAAAUGGCAGUGACUUGUACUAACUAGGAGAUGAUGAUGCAUUUUGAAUUUGACUACUUGAGAAGACUAGUAUAACUUGUUUAAUUUCCAAUGAGACCACAUUAAACAUUCAUAACUGUCAGCUUGUUUAUGCUAUGGGUUUUGUAUUUUAUGUGACAUAGUGAUCUACAAAAGAAACCUAGCCAUCAUAUUAAGGUUAUUGUUUACCACGGGGUGUGAAUAAAACCUAGUAUUUUCAGAA